CUCCAUUCCCUUUUCUCCUCUCCCUUCUUUCAUUCCAUUCCAUUCUUUUUCUUCUUGAUCUCCUUUUCCUCUUUGUUUCCCCCUGUCGGUUUUCCUUUCAAAACCUGGUUUUUGGUUGUUCACAAUCGGUCUUCCCAGCAUGCCUUUGGAAGCCCGUGUGAAGUCCGUCCUUUCGGGCGACACGGUCGUGCUGUCGCAUGUCUCCAACCCCGGACAGGAGCGCAUUCUCAGUCUGGCCUAUGUUUCGGCCCCCAGGUUACGCCGUGAGGGUGAUGAGCCAUACGCCUUCCACUCCCGUGAAUUCCUCCGUGAGUUGCUUGUCGGCAAGGUCGUCCAAUUCCACGUCUUGUAUACCAUCCCGACCGGUGCCAAACGCGACUACGGUACCAUCAAACUCCCCACCUUCGAUAUCGCCCUCCCCGAGAUCUGUGUUCAGGAAGGCUGGGUCCGUGUGCGCGAAGAGGCCGGCAAGCGCGCCGAUGAGUCUGAAGACACCGUUGCCCUGCUCGAACGACUCCGCGCCCUCGAAGACCACGCCCGCACCGAAGGGAAAGGCGUCUGGGCUGGUGCCGACGGCCACACCGAGACCACCUAUGACAUUGCCGACGCAACGGCCCUCGUCAACGAGUGGAAGGGCAAACACCUGGAAGGUAUCGUCGAGAAGGUGCUGAACGGCGACCGCCUCAUCCUGCGCCUGCUGCUGAGCCCCCAGGAGCACCUGCAGGUGCUGGCCGCCGUCGCCGGUAUCCGCGCCCCCGCCAGCCGACGCACCAACGCCGAGGGCAAAGAGCAGCCCGGCGACGCGUUCGGCGACGAGGCCAACCAGUUCGUCGAGUCGCGCAUCUUGCAGCGCAAGGUGCAGGUCUCCCUGCUGGGCGUCACCCCCCAGGGCCAAUUGAUCGCCAGCGUGCUCCACCCCAACGGCAACAUCGCCAAGUUCCUCCUCGAGGCCGGCCUGGCCCGCUGCCAUGACCACCACGCGGCCCUGCUCGGCGGCCAGAUGGCCGACUAUCGCCGCGCCGAGAAGAUCGCCAAGGACGCCCGCCUCAAGCUCUUCCACGGCCUAGCCGCCCCCGGCGCCGCCCGCGCGGCCGAGGACUACGUCGUCAGCCGGGUGCUGAACGCCGAUACCCUCUUCCUGCGCGACAAGGCCGGCCGCGAGAAGAAGAUCAGCCUGAGCAGCGUCCGCCAGCCCAAGCCCUCCGACCCCAAGCAGGCCGCCUUCUCCGCCGACGCCAAGGAGUUCCUGCGCAAGCGCCUGAUCGGCAAGCACGUCAAGGUCACCGUCGACGGCAAGAAGCCCGCCAACGAGGGCUACGAGGAGCGCGACGUCGCCACCGUCGUCCAGGGCAACACCAACGUGGCCCUGGCGCUGGUCGAGGCCGGUUACGCGUCGGUCAUCCGCCACCGCCAGCAGGACGACGACCGCUCCCCCGACUAUGAUGACCUGAUGAUCGCCGAGGCCGAUGCCCAGAAGGAGGGCAAGGGCAUGUGGUCGUCGAAACCCCCCAAGGUCAAGCAGUACACCGACUACUCCGAGACCGUCCAGAAGGCCAAGAUGGCCGUCGCCACCCUGCAGCGCCAGAAGCGCGUGCCCGGUGUGGUCGACUUUGUCAAGUCCGGCGCCCGCUUCACCGUCCUGGUGCCCCGCGAGAACGCCAAGCUGACCCUGGUCCUGUCGGGCAUCCGGGCUCCGCGCUCGGCCCGCAACCCGGGCGAGGCGUCCGAGCCGUGCGGUCAGGAGGCCCACAAUCUGGCCAACCGACGCUGCCUGCAGCGGGACGUCGAGAUCGACGUCGAGACCGUCGACAAGGUCGGUGGCUUCAUCGGCACCCUGUACGUGAACAAGGAGAACUUCACCAAGACCCUCCUCGAGGACGGCCUGGCCACCGUCCACGCCUACUCCGCCGAGCAGUCGGGCCACGCCGCCGAGUACUUCGCCGCGGAGCAGCGCGCCAAGGACGCCCGCAAGGGUCUCUGGCGCGACUGGGAUCCGAGCCAGGAGGCCGCCGAGGCCGCUGAGGACGAGACGCCCGCGGCCGGCAGCGCCGCCGAGGCCGAGCCCGUGCAGCGCCGCAAGGACUACCGCGACGUGAUGGUCACCUACGUGGAUCCGACCAACGCCCACAUCAAGAUCCAACAGAUCGGCACCGGCACCUCCGCCCUGACGGAGCUGAUGAGCGCCUUCCGCUCCUUCCACCUCACCCCCUCCAACGCCACCCCGCUCCCGGGGCCGCCCAAGGCCGGCGACUUCGUGGCCGCGCGGUUCUCUGAGGACGGCGAGUGGUACCGGGCCAAGAUCCGCCGCAACGACCGCGACAACCAGACGGCCGAGGUGGUCUACGUCGACUUUGGCAACUCCGAGAGCCUGCCGUGGUCCGGACUGCGGCCGCUGACCCCGGCCUUCUCCGUGCAGAAGCUGCGGCCCCAGGCCAGCGAGGCCGCACUCUCCCUGGUGCAGUUCCCCGUGGCGCCGGACUACCUCCAGGACGCCGUCGCCUUCGUCGAGGACCAGACGUGCAACCGCGAGCUGGUCGCCAACGUGGACCACGUCGCGCCGGACGGGCUCAUGCACGUCACCCUGAUGGACCCGUCGGAAGCCAAGGACCUGGACCACAGCAUCAACGCGGAGGUCGUGCGCGAAGGCAUGGCGAUGAUCCCGCGCAAACUCAAGCCGUGGGAGCGCGCCGCCAGCUCGACCCUCGCGCAUCUGCGGACGCUGGAAGACGAAGCCAAGCAGGAGCGACGAGGCAUGUGGGAGUAUGGAGAUCUGACUGAGGAUUAGCCUGUUGACUAGUCGGGUUUCUACUUUAUUUCCUUCUUUCUAUUUCUGUUCUUUCAUAUUCCCCAUGAGUGAGCUACUACUGUUUCUUUAAUCAUUUUUUUUCUCUUUUCUCCUUGUAUGUUGGUAUCUACACUUGGGAUUUGUUUUCUUUUCUUUAUGACACCAGGGACGGAUUAGGAUGUAGCACAUAGCUGAAUCUAUCGCAAAAGUUGACAGAACACUCC